ACCUCUCUUCUGGGCCUAGUCUGCCAGAGAAAGAGCGAAGCACUCCACCUACUCAGGUUGCCUGGCGAGCGAGCGCGCCAGGUUCUGACCCCACGGGCGUGGUGUACCAGUGGGGUGGCCAGGUACCACCGGGAAGUCUCUCUAGCUCGGUCCAGCGGGAGUGCCUGCCACUAACGUGGGAGCCCCUGCCCUGGGUCGGUGUUUUCCUAUAUGUUUCGACCAAUCGCCGGCCUCUUUUCCUCCUUUCUUUUUAGGAAGGCGCCGGGUGUGCAGCGCUAACCGCUGCGUGGAGGGGAUCCUCUGGCGCUGUCUCCUUGCGGGUCUUCACUGACUCCUCCGUCUCAACUUUGCGUUCAAGUCGUGAUCUGAGGUUUGGGUGCUUUGCCGGGACCCCACCCCGGCUCUCUCGGGGAGGGUGUGAGGAGUUCUGGGGUGGGUGGAGAAUGGGCUUGGCCGGAACUGAAUCGGUUGAGGUAAAAGGGGAACGCAGGAGCUUUAGCGCUGGCUACUUCGCUCCGGAGAAGCCGCUGUAUUUUUAGCACAGGGAAGGCUGCAGUGGGAGGAUUCUUUUUAGGAAGUCUGCUCCGCCGCCCCGAUUGGGGGCUUGGAUGCUUGAAAGCUUUGUUUCCCUUGUUCUGAGGGUGGCCCAGCUGGGUCUGAAUCGACUCCCUCCCUUUUUCGUUCCCCCCAUCCUUUUCCAGCCAGGAGAAAACAGAGAGGUGGGGGACCAAGGAAGAGGAGGCUAAAGCGCGUUGCCAGGCGCGCUGUCAGACAUGGGCGGGUGCGAGGGGAACAGCUGUCUUGAGAUCAGCUCAAGAGUAUGAGUCUCCGGGAGGACCGCGUGAGCUCCGGACACUUCAGGAGUCCUCAGCUAGAGACAAGGGCGUUUAACCAAGAUGAUGUAACCAGCAGGACCUUUGGACAGCAAACCAGUGACUCAGAAAUGGCUUCAACCUCUUCUUCAAAGUUUGGGGGUAACCCUUAUGAGAGAGACAUUAAUCCUUGGAAACUGCUGACGCGACAGGCUAGGCACAGUGUGUCUCCAGGUUAUCUUAGAGGGCAGCUAGGCAAAAACACAGGACGGCUAGAAAUACCACUUCAAAAGAAUAUGGAUCAACUCAUGAACAGCUUCGAAGUCCAACUUAAUUCAGAAAGAGGUUCAAUGCAGGUAUUCAAACAGGUCGCCGGCCCUGUUCAGAUCAGACAUCCCCCUGUGACAGUAGACAGAAGAAAUAUGACUUCUUCCCCACUCCUGGAUGCCAGCUCGAUGGAGAACCCAGCCCUGUUUAAUGAUAUCAAGAUCGAGCCUCCAGAAGAGCUACUGGCUAGUGAUUUCAACCUGCCCCAGGUGGAGCCGGUCGAUCUUUCCCUUCACAAACCGAAGGCUCCUCUCCAGCCUGCUAGCAUGCUGCAAGCUCCAAUACGGCCUCCCAGGCCACCGGCUGCAGCCCAAGCCAUCGUGGUGUCUACUUCAUCUGAUACGGGCACUUCAGCAACCAUCCCAACCGUUCUCACUCCAGGCUCUAUCCUGGCCUCCUCGCAGGGGACUGGGGGCCAGCCGAUUUUACAUGUGAUUCACACUAUCCCCUCGGUCAGUUUGCCAAAUAAGAUGGGUGGACUAAAGACAAUCCCACUGGUGGUUCAGUCUUUGCCUAUGGUCUAUACCAGUUUGCCUGCGGAUGGGAGUCCUGCAGCUAUUACCGUCCCACUCAUUGGAGGAGACGGCAAAAAUGCUGGGUCAGUCAAAGUUGACCCCACCUCCAUGUCUCCACUGGAGUUUCCAAGUGAUAGCGAGGAGAGUGCUAUUGAGAGUGGAUCCUCGGCCUUACAGAGUCUGCAGGGAUUUCAACAAGAUCCAGCAACAGUGGCUCAAAUGCAGGGAGAAGACUCUCUCGACUUAAAGAGAAGACGGAUUCACCAGUGUGACUUUGCAGGAUGUAGCAAAGUGUACACCAAAAGCUCUCACCUGAAAGCUCACCGCAGAAUCCAUACAGGAGAGAAGCCUUACAAGUGCACCUGGGAUGGCUGCUCCUGGAAAUUUGCUCGCUCGGAUGAGCUCACUCGCCACUUCCGUAAGCACACAGGCAUCAAGCCCUUCCGGUGCACAGACUGCAACCGCAGUUUUUCUCGAUCUGACCACUUGUCCCUCCACCGCCGGCGUCAUGACACCAUGUGAAUAUCCCAGGCCACAGCUGACGUGCUACACUGGUCUCCUGAGUGUCUGCUGAGGUCGAGACCCUGUUUGCCUCUUUGACUACAACUUGCCCCUGUGAUUAGGGGUUAGAACAGCCUACUGAGCCAGGUUGAUGAGACUGGAACAAAAGUUAGCCGGUCUCCCGUGCGGCUCUUCAUAUUCCGCUUUCACCUCUUCACUGUCCAGACUUCAGUUUUCUCAACCUCUUCCUGGGUUGAAUUCUAGUGCGGCACCCAUGGUUGCCCUCCCUGAUCCCUCAUGCUGUGUUAUAGACAUUUUUCCUACACUAACAAACAAAACAGGAAUCAAACUCAAGGCUGUGAACAAACAUCCGCUGCUCCCCCUGCCACUUUUCUCUUGUUUUUUAAAACUUUUAUCCAUUAUAUAAAUAUGUAUUGAUACAGUAUAUAUACUGUAACCAGUACUUAAGGUCACUUAGCAAUGUCCUAAAAUGAGGGUUUUUUUUUCAAAGUCAUAGGUACAAGGGGCAUAACAGUGGAGUUGAUUGGUCAGAUUUACAGAGAAUUGAGUCUGAAAUACAGAGUCUCAUUCUAACCUUGAAGGUUUUGUAGAUCCAGUUUUACUUGUUCUUACCAGUUUGGUUUACAGACAGUACCAGCCCUCCUUUUUGAAGUCCAUCAAAGAAAUGAAGGGAUUUUUCUCGACCUCCUCUUCCUCCUCAUGCUCCUUUAUAAUUAAAGGUUUUAUGGCACAAUUACAUUCUUUUUAGGUUAAGUUUGGACAAAUAUUCAAAGCACAGAAAGACAGAUCAGUAGGGAGAAGUAUUCUAGGAAAAUAUGUCAGGCAGUGACAGGAAAAAGCAGACCUUGGAGGACCCUUUGAGCAAUUAUUUGGAUAAGAUAUUAGAAUUGCUGUUAAUCCCAAACCUCAUUCAAAGGGCAGCCCGUUGAAACGGCGCUUUCGUUGGGCUCCGCUGUACUGUUUAUUCUUUUGUUUACAUAGAGCAACCAUUCAGCGUAUUACCUGAGAGAAAGUGUACACUGAGCAUGUUAGACAGAGGUGAGGGGUUGCACUCAAGGCAUUUUGUUUACUUCAUGCCAUUUUUUGGCACUCAUUCUUCUGUUUUUAAUGAGAUAGAAAAGAUUUUUUUCUGACACUGACAUAUAAAAAUCAUUUUUAAUGUUUUAUAACUGCUGCCAAUACCCAAGCCAUUUAUUUUAGAUGUAACAGCAGGAUGCAUAAUAUACAUUUGGUUGCCCAAUCAGACUGUUCCUAAUAUUCUCUGGGGCAUAAAACGCUCUGUUCCUGGCCCUGGACCUCAGAUCUACCUCCAUGUGGCAUAUUUCCUCUCCUGGGAAAAAAGGAGAGGAGCUUUGUAUCAUUAGGAUUGGAUGCAGCCUCUUGCCUAAAGGUUGUCUUCAUACUAAACCUUUUUUCUUGGCAGAUAUUCAAAGCUCUAGCUUGAAUACUUCAGGUUACUACCUCCCGUGGCUGUCCUUUCUAGCUAAAUCCUAGAACUCUACCAUCCAGAAGGGGUCCUGUCUACUUCUACCCAUCCCUCCCAUCUUACAGAUGAGGCAAAUACGGGUUCGAUUCUUUCUGCAGAUAUUUCCUUUGAGGCCUUAUGUAGACCUAUGUACUCCUUCUCCCAGGGAUCACACUAGUAAACCAAAUUAAAUAAAAAAUUAUGUGAUUGGUUGCAA